UUACUCUUAUUAGUAAACGACAUUGCUCAUCUCGAGAAACGAUUUGAAAACUACAGGAAACUUAUGAUAUUUUCUUCUCUAAAAAUACUGAAUUCUCAUAAAUUUAGCAAAUAACCUCAUUUGCAUGUAGGCUCUGUAAUGGCUAUCGCCGCGGCAGUGAUCCUCCCUUUAGGAGGUCUCCUCUUCAUUUUGUCUGGCCUCAUUGUUAACCUGCUUCAGGCAAUUUUUUAUGUCCUUGUUCGUCCACUCUCAAGAAAUGCUUACAGAAGGAUCAAUAAGGAAAUCAUGGAACUACUAUCACUGGAGCUCGUCUGGCUUUUCGACUGGUGGGCAAAUAAUAAGGUUGAGCUAUUUGCUGAUAAAGAAAUCAUUGAAAUUAUGGGAAAGGAGCGAGCACUUGUCAUUUGUAACCACAAAAGUGAUAUUGAUUGGCUUGUUGGAUGGGUAUUAGCUCAGCGUGCAGGUUGCCUUGGUAGCUGCUUAGCCAUUAUAAAGAAAGAGCUAUUGUGCCUCCCUGUCAUAGGAUGGUCAAUGUGGUUUUCUGGUUAUAUAUUUCUCCAGAGAAGUUGGGUUAAAGAUGAAAACACCCUUAAGUCUGGAUUUGAGGGGCUAAAUGAUUUUCCUUUACCUUUUUGGUUGGCUCUUUUUGUUGAAGGAACUCGUUUUACCCAGGCAAAACUCAUAGCAGCCCAACAAUAUGCUUCUUCUGUUGGGUUGCCUGUUCCAAGGAAUGUCCUUAUUCCACGUACCAAGGGUUUUGUUGCAGCUGUUACUCAUUUGCGAUCACAUGUUCCUGCAAUUUAUAAUAUUACAAUUGCUAUUCCAAAAACCGAACCUUGUCCUACCCUUUUGAGAAUCUUCAAGGGACGUUCUUCUACGGUACAUGUGCAUAUCGAGCGGCACCUAAUGCAGGAAUUACCUGAAACUUGUAGUGGGAUUGCACAAUGGUGCAAAGACGUAUUUGUUGCAAAGGAUGCUUUAUUGGAGCGACAUCUCGAGACAGACACAUUUGGACCUGGAAUGCCCAAUGGUAUUGGCAGACCAAAGAAAUCUUUAAUGGUUGUGAUUUGCUGGUCGUGUUUCCUAGUCCUUGGUAUCGUCAAAUUCUUGGAACGUUUUCCAUUCUCAUGGGGAGAAGUUGCGUUUUGCAUGUCGUUCUUGGGUUUCACUAUAAUCCUUAUGCACAUACUCAUCAUGUUUACUCAGUCGGAGCAUUCGACUCCUCCAAAGGUGAAUCAACCAGAUCCGUUGAAGCAGGUGCUCCUUCAAACUUGACUACUGGUAUGCAUACCAGUCAGAUCGUAUUUAGGUUGCAACCUACCACACUCUUAAGCUAGUUGUGGUUUUCAUUUAUUUAUAUUGAAUGAAGGAUAAGGUCAUUUUCUAUUAUUUUUCUUAUUUUACUGUGUUUUUUACUUUUUAGUUCAACUCUGUAAAAAAUUGUAACAAUUAUGUUAUGCUUCUCGUGUGAAGAGAAACUUUGUGCCACCUUCCUUUA